CAUCACUCGACUGCAUCUCUCUCGACCAUCUCUCUCUCUCUCUCUCUUUCCUCUCGCAUUCGACUCGGAGACACCAUCAAUUCAUCCCUCUUCGGCCUCUGCAUCCCUCACAACUAGUCCACAUCGCAUCUGACACACUUCCCGCCACCCCCUGCCUCCGCCCCGGCCUACCCCGCACUCCCCGCUCCCACCAAUUACCGGCGAGCAGCGCACGCCGUCGCCGCAGGAGCCGCAGCCGCACUCGCAGCCGCACCCGCACCCGCAGCCGUCGUCAUGCUCGACCAAGUCCUCGGCCGCCCCUCUCCAACCGUGCGCCGCACCCAGAUCUUCCUCGUCCUCUUCUUCUGGGUAUGGCGGCUCUACAAGGGUGAUGGAAGUGCAAUGGCCGGGCGGUCGCGGAUCGCCCGCCGAACACCGCGCAACGUCGCAUACUCCCGCACAUGGUGGCGACGAGUAUGGGCGUUCCUCGUCGCGCGGAGAAGCGGACCACGCUGGAUGUCGAACAUCAACGGGAGACUAAAGUCGUUCACACCCUACCAGCUUAUUCUCGGCACCCUGACGGUUGGGUACGCCCUGCGCCACCUCGACGAUCUCUUAGGAAUAGGAGCCCCAGAACCUCUGGCAAAGAUGUACUCAAGAUCAUACUACCGUGCCACAUAUGUCAACACUGCUCUAGACGCUGGGUUCGCGUCGGCCAUGACAAUCCGACCAAAAUGGCUCAAGGACAUUUGCAGUCUCGUCUUCGGCGUCUACUACCUCAUGUGGGCGACAGAAGGCGAUGAAGUGCUCCGCCGUUACCGUGCCUUGUGCAGCGUCGAAAUGUUGCGCACAACCUGGGAGAAGACGUUUAUCAACCCCUACCUCCGAGGGGUCAUGAAGCUCCGCAUGCCCAAGGUCCCCAUCGUCCGCUAUGUCUACAUCCACCGCCCUCCAACAUCGUCGCGCGCCAACAACCCGCCCGUAAAGGCGAUGCUGCUCUUCAACGGUACCGAUAAGCAGCUCGCUAGAGCCACCGAGCUUGUCAUGGACUUCCCGGGCGGCGGCUUCAUCGCCAUGGGACCCGAGUGCCACGAGGAGCGUCUGCGUACCUGGGCAAUUCGCACGGGCAAGCCAAUUCUCAGCAUCGACUAUGGCAAGGCUCCCGAGUACCCGUACCCAUGGGCUAUCGAGGAGGGCAUUGACGCGUACCGCACGGUCACCGACACCAAGGGUGCAGUGAUCGGCAUAAAAAGCCGUCAUCUCGGCGUAGUCCUCACUGGCGACUCCGCCGGCGGCAACAUUUGCACCACAAUUAUGAACCGCAUUCUCGAACACCACAAGCACAUUACCCGCCCUGUGGCCAUGAUCCUGGCCUACCCCGCUCUCGACUUCAACUUCACGUCGUGGAUGUCGCCCACAAACUUGAGAGUUCUGCAGACCGAGCAGUCCGAGGUACACAUCCCUGGCCUCGCCCACGGCAAGGAUCAUCUCCGCCACAAAGCGCCCCUGUCCGUGGUUGACGACGUCGACAAGAAGCCCAAGCGCCCUGCAGCCAAGUCGCGUAAAAGUUGGGCCGACUCGAUCAGCGCCACGUUCGGCCUCGGCAUGACUCCCCGCACGCCUGGGUCCAAGACCCAGCCGUCGAGCCCGCUUACCAUGACCAGGCCGCUCUCCAAGCGGACCGAAUCUGGCUGGUUCGCGUCGCGCGAGGAGAACGACUCUGCGGAACAUCUCUCCGACGCAUCCUCAUCAGACGACGAGUACGAGCCGUCGACGGACCGCCGCCGCGAAGCAGACAAGACCUUGGCAGAGCGAGUCAAGACUCCCGGCAUCUUCGCCGACGAGCGCUUCACCGACGGCAUCUUGUCAGCGUCACCCCAACCCACGUUGUCGGGCGAGGAAGGCGUCCUCGACCCGGUCGUCGCCCAGAAGCCCAAAGCCAAGGCGGCAUUCGCUACCAGGCUGACCAUGACGAGUCGAGUCGGCUACUUCCAGGACCGUGUCAUCUCGCCGUCCAUGAUGCGCGCCAUGGCCAUUCUCUACAUCGGUCCUCAGCGCUGCCCAGACUUUGAGACUGACUACUACAUCUCGCCCCUCCUCUCCCCCGCCCAAAACCUCGCCCACUUCCCACCGGUGUACCUCAUCUGCGGCGAGCGCGACCCCUUCGUGGACGACACGGUCAUUUUCGCAGGCAAACUUCGCGAGGCGAAGCGCACGCGCCGCGCGCAGGCCGCUAACUCUGGCGACAAGAGCAGCAAGUACGGCGAGGGGCUGCGCAUGACGACGGGCAAGCCGAACGAGGAGCCGCCCGACCACAUCCUCAGAGAGACUGAUGAGGACUGGGUGCAGAUGCGCAUCAUCGAGGGCUGGGGCCACGGCUUUAUGCAAAUGUCGGCGCUCAUGCGCGAGAUCGACCCUGUGCUCGUCGAGAUGGCCGACUGGAUUGAUGAGUCGUUUGAACGAAGCCGCCUCCUGGAAAAGGACAAGGAGGACGUUGCGGCGGCCCACGCCGCUGCGCGCGCGGCCUUCAAGCCCGAGUCGCCCGUCACGUCGGCGCAAGACAGCCUGCCGUCGCCCCUGCGCUCGCGCCACGUCAAGCCCGUGCGGGAGUACACGCACACGCCAAAGAACAAGGUCGUGGGCGCAUCCGACCUCGGCAUGGACUUUGGGCGGGACAACUCGGACGACGAGGGUAGCAUGGACAACAUCAUCUCGUUCACGCCCAAGACGAAGAAGCGCACGCCGCCGCCCUCGCAGUUCCAGCCUGUGCCACGGCGGCCGUCCCGCGACGUGCUCAAGCGCGAGAACAGUGCUCUCAACUUUGACAGUCUGGACGACUCGGCCUCGUCGGGCGAAACAGUGGUGCUGCGCACGCCGCCACAAGGCCGCGUCAUGCUCCCCUCCACGCCCGCGCAGCCAAAGGGCACGAUGUCGUUCGGCCUCUUCUCGCGCCCCGCGCCCGCGGCCCGCGGCCCCGUAUUGAAAACGCCCGCAACGUCGCUGUACGCGCCGACGGCGGCGCGCCGCGGCUCCGCCUCUCCUUCCCUUGCACCGCACAGCAACAACCCCAUUGUCAAGGCUGCGGUUGCGGGCGCGCGCGCCGCAUCGCCCGCCCUGCAGGCCGCCGGGCUGGUGCCGCAGAGCGUCAACAGCCUUGACCCAGAAGAGAUGUACCGCCGCCGUCGGGCCGAGGCCGUCUUCGGCAUGGAGACGGACGACGCAUCCGGCAGCGACAAGUAGCGCUGUUUUGUACUCCAUCAGUUGUCACGAUCAAAAAUGCCAUGCGCUAUGCUGUGAGUUGUGUGAUUGGUUGCGUGCAGUAUUACUGUUUACAGCUAAUGGCCCUACUAAAUGGUACAAGACAGCUCUAAAGUCCAGCCUCUGCUUUGGGAGUCAACCGAAGCCUAUGACACUCCUCAGCAUAGCCACUCUCGCGUCUUACAUGUGCGCGUCUACGCGGGCAUCACCCACUGUCCUGGGGUACGCCCGCCCAACCGCGCGAGGCGCUGCUCGAGGCGCUCAUCUCGACGUGCGCCCGAUACGCCUUGUCCCGCGCCCGCCGCAGCUCGUCGCACACCUCCCUCUGUGCGCGCUGCCGCGCGGCCUCGGCGUCCUCGGCCGCCGCGAGCGCCCUCACCCGCCGCACGCGGUAUAUGCACCACAACGAGGUGAAGAUGAGGAGGAGGCCGAGGAGCGUCGGGGCCAGGAUGAGCGUCCA